AUGCGCAUCACCUUGUUGUUGUUGGCCCUAAGCCUGGCUGUCGCAGCGGCGAUCCCCAGGAAUCCUCAAAGGAUUGUUGGUGGAUCGACAACAACUAUCUCACAAUAUCCCUAUGCUGCUGCAAUGCUGUUCUCAUGGGGUGGUUCGAGCUACUGGCAAAGUUGCGGAGGAACCAUUUUAAACAACAGAUCCGUCUUAUCUGCUGCUCAUUGUUUCUUCCGCAACACUGCAAACCAGUGGCGCAUCCGUGUUGGAUCCACUAACGCUAACAGCGGCGGUACCGUUCACAACACUAACAGAAUCAUCAUGCAUCCCAACUACAACUUUCGCACUCAGGACCACGAUGUUGCUAUUCUCCGAGCCUCUUCUAACUUCGGAUUCAACAACAAUGUGCGCGCUGCCAGUAUUGCAGGAUCUAAUUAUAACCUUGGCUACAACCAAGUUGUGUGGGCCAUCGGAUGGGGCGCUAUUGCUUACAAGGGACAAAGCUCUGAACAGCUUCGCCACGUGCAAAUCUGGACUAUCAACCAGAACACAUGCAGAAAUAAUUACGCUGCCAGAGGAUUGACGAUUACAAACAACAUGUUGUGCUCUGGCUGGCUCGGUGUCGGCGGUCGCGACCAGUGCCAAGGCGACUCUGGCGGCCCUCUCAUCCACAACAAUGUUGUCGUCGGUGUAUGCUCCUGGGGACACGAAUGUGCUCUCCCUAACUUCCCUGGUGUCAAUGCUCGUGUCUCACGCUACACCUCUUGGAUCCAAUCUAAUGCGUAA